CCCCUCCGACUUCCAUACACCCAAACGCAACUCCUUCAAGCUACACGCAGCAUGAGUUUCAACGUCCUCCGCGGUUCUGCGAGGCAUGCUGCUCGUCAGGUCACUCGUCGAUCUCUCGUCGCUUCCAUCCGGAACAAGACACCUCUCGUCUACACAUCUGUCCGAGGCUACGCAGAGGCCAAGGCACAGCCCACCGAAGUCUCCUCGAUCCUCGAAGAACGCAUCAAGGGAUCUGACUUUGCCGCUGACCUCGCCGAGACCGGUCGUGUCUUGACUGUUGGUGACGGUAUUGCUCGUGUGCACGGUCUCUCCAAUGUUCAGGCAGAGGAACUCGUUGAGUUUGCCUCCGGUGUUAAGGGUAUGGCGCUCAACCUCGAGGCCUCCGUUGUCGGUGUCGUGCUCUUCGGUAACGAUCGAUUGGUCAAGGAAGGUGAGACAGUCAAGCGUACUGGACAGAUUGUCGAUGUCCCUACCGGUCCUUCUUUGCUCGGCCGUGUCGUGGAUGCACUCGGUGCGCCCAUUGACGGCAAGGGUCCCAUCAAGGGCGAGGAGCGUCGUCGUGCCCAACUCAAGGCACCCGGUAUUCUCCCCCGUGAAUCCGUCAAGGAGCCCAUGCAGACUGGUCUUAAGGCUGUCGAUGCCAUGGUCCCCAUUGGCCGUGGUCAGCGUGAGUUGAUUAUCGGUGACAGGCAGACUGGUAAGACUGCCGUCGCACUCGACACCAUCCUCAACCAAAAAGCCAUCAAUCAGACCUCUGACGAGAGCAAGAAGCUCUACUGUGUCUACGUCGCUAUUGGUCAGAAGCGAUCCACUGUUGCUCAGCUCGUGCAGACACUCGAGGAGAACGACGCCCUCAAGUACACCAUCAUUGUUGCUGCUACUGCUUCCGAGGCUGCUCCUCUCCAGUACAUCGCUCCUUUCUCUGGAUGCGCCAUGGGAGAGUGGUUCCGCGACAACGGUCGUCACGCCCUCAUCAUCUACGACGAUUUGUCCAAGCAGGCUGUUGCCUACCGUCAAAUGUCUCUGCUCCUCCGUCGUCCCCCAGGCCGUGAGGCUUACCCUGGAGAUGUCUUCUACCUCCACUCUCGUCUCCUCGAGCGUGCAGCCAAGAUGAACGUUUCACAGGGUGGUGGUUCGCUCACUGCAUUGCCCAUCAUUGAGACGCAGGGUGGUGAUGUGUCUGCCUACAUUCCAACCAAUGUCAUUUCCAUCACAGACGGACAGAUCUUCCUCGAGGCUGAGCUCUUCUUCAAGGGUAUCCGUCCUGCCAUCAACGUCGGUCUUUCCGUGUCUCGUGUCGGUUCCGCUGCUCAGGUCAAGUCGAUGAAGCAGGUUGCUGGUUCGCUCAAGCUCUUCUUGGCUCAAUACCGUGAAGUUGCUUCGUUUGCUCAGUUUGGUUCUGACUUGGAUGCCGGUACCAAGGCUACAUUGGCUCGUGGUGAGCGUCUCACUGAGUUGCUCAAGCAACCGCAGUACUCCCCACUCACCGUUGAGCAGCAAGUGCCACUCAUCUUUUGCGGUGUGAAUGGUCUCCUUGACAAGAUCCCCGUCGACCGUAUCGGUGAGUUUGAGAAGAAAUUCUUGGCUCACUUGAAGUCCUCCGAGUCGGAACUCAUGUCGACCAUCUCAAAGGAAGGCAGUGUCUCCAAGGACUCUGAGACAAAGCUCAAGGCGACCGCCACAUCUUUCAUCUCGUCCUUUUAA